GCAAUCCUGAAUGAAAAGAGCGUGAACCAAUUGCCAGUCUUCACGACAAGUGGCAACCCGGGCUACCUGCUUGAUAUGCCAGUGCUUACAGGCCGACUCAAUACCAGUAUCGCAUCAGAUGGUAUCAACAUGCUGGGUGCCACGAUACUGCCUUCCACGGGACAAGAUGACGGUCCUACAUCUCCUGGCCACAACCUGGCCCGCGGCGAAUGGCGUAUUCAAGCCGGUGGGGAAUGCGACUUGCUUGCUGAUGUUUCGCCGACACAAACGAAGUCAAUGGUCAAUGGAAGGGCUCUAAAGGCUGUCUUGUUCCCGCGUAAUGUAUUUACCGGCUGUUUAAUUCGGUAG